AUGGGGCUGGGAAGAGGGAAAGAUGACUACCAACUGGCGGCUACGUCCGACAACGACAAGAGCAGGAAGGGCAAAAAGGCCAAAGCGAAGAAGGACAUGGAAGAGCUCAAGAAAGAAGUGGAUUUGGAUGACCACAAGCUAACUAUGGAUGAACUGACCCGAAAGUACGGCACCGAUCUGACCCGGGGUCUGUCCUCCACCCGAGUCAAGGAGAUCCUGGCCAGGGACGGCCUCAACGCGCUCACCCCGCCCCCCACCACCCCCGAGUGGGUCAAGUUCUGUCGACAGCUCUUCGGGGGCUUCUCGAUGCUGCUGUGGAUCGGGGCCCUCCUGUGCUUCCUCGCUUACGGCAUCCAGGCUGUGUCCGAAGACGAGCCGGCCAACGACAACUUGUACCUGGGUGUGGUGCUGUCCGCUGUGGUCAUCAUCACCGGCUGCUUCUCCUACUACCAAGAGGCCAAGAGCUCCAAGAUCAUGGACUCCUUCAAGAACCUGGUGCCACAGCAAGCUCUGGUGGUGCGUGACGGCGAGAAGAAGAACAUCAACGCAGAGGAGGUGGUGGUGGGAGACCUGGUGGAGGUGAAGGGAGGAGACCGGAUCCCAGCUGAUCUGAGAAUCGUCUCCGCUAGCGGCUGCAAGGUGGACAACUCUUCCCUGACCGGUGAAUCCGAGCCGCAGAGCCGUACUCCGGACUUCUCCAACGAAAACCCACUGGAGACGAGGAACAUUGCAUUCUUCUCCACAAACUGUGUGGAAGGUACCGCCCGAGGAGUGGUCAUCAACACCGGAGACCGCACCGUCAUGGGCCGCAUCGCCACACUGGCCUCGAGUCUGGACGGAGGGAAGACACCCAUCGCCCGGGAGAUCGAGCACUUCAUCCACAUCAUCACCGGUGUGGCCGUCUUCCUGGGAGUGUCCUUCUUCGUGCUGUCCCUCAUCCUGGGAUACGGCUGGCUGGAGGCGGUCAUCUUCCUCAUCGGUAUCAUCGUGGCCAACGUGCCCGAGGGUCUGCUGGCUACUGUCACUGUGUGUCUGACUCUGACGGCCAAGCGCAUGGCCAAGAAAAACUGCCUGGUGAAGAACCUGGAGGCCGUGGAAACCCUGGGCUCCACCUCCACCAUCUGCUCCGACAAGACCGGCACCCUGACCCAGAACAGGAUGACCGUGGCCCACAUGUGGUUCGACAACCAGAUCCACGAGGCCGACACCACCGAGAACCAGAGCGGGACCUCCUUCGACCGCAGCUCCGCCACGUGGGCCGCUCUGUCCAGAAUCGCCGGCCUCUGCAACCGCGCCGUGUUCCUGGCUGACCAGAGCAACGUUCCCAUUCUGAAGAGAGACGUGGCCGGUGACGCCUCUGAAGCCGCUCUCCUCAAAUGCAUCGAACUCUGCUGCGGUUCUGUCGCUGGCAUCCGAGACAAAUAUCCCAAAGUGGCCGAGAUCCCAUUCAACUCCACCAACAAGUACCAGCUGUCCAUCCACAAGAACGUCACACCCGGAGAGUCCAAGCACCUGCUGGUCAUGAAGGGGGCCCCAGAGAGGAUCCUGGACCGUUGUUCUACCAUCGUGUUGCAGGGAAAAGAGCAGCCUCUGGACGACGAGAUGAAGGACGCCUUUCAGAACGCCUACGUGGAGCUGGGGGGCCUGGGGGAGCGUGUGCUGGGUUUCUGCCACUUUAACCUUUCCGACGACCAGUUUCCCGAUGGCUUUGCCUUCGACACAGAAGAGGUGAACUUCCCCACAGAGAACCUGUGCUUCGUGGGCCUCAUGGCCAUGAUCGACCCUCCCCGUGCCGCCGUGCCGGACGCCGUGGGCAAGUGCAGGAGCGCCGGGAUCAAGGUGAUCAUGGUGACCGGAGACCACCCCAUCACCGCCAAAGCCAUUGCCAAAGGAGUGGGCAUCAUCUCUGAAGGCAACGAGACCGUGGAGGACAUCGCCGCUCGCCUCAACGUACCGGUUUCUGAAGUCAACCCCAGGUCAGGACACGUUCAUGCGGCCUCAUCCAAAACACUUCUGAUGCAAUGA